AUGUAAAAUAAUAAUAAUAACAAUCUAAACUUCGAAUUUAGUAAGGAUACUAACAAUCUCAACAAGAAAUUGUAAGGAUUUUAUAGAUAAAAAGAUCAAAAAUUUGACCAUUUCUUUGAUGAGCUAACUACAGAAUACAAAUUAUUUAAAGUACUCUAGGCUAUACCUUUAAUUAUUAGAAAUUGACGCAUGAAUGUUAAAUGGGUUGUUUUGGCACUACAGAUUUCAAUCGAAAAUAAUCAGAUGCUUGCGCCAGAUAAUGUUUGGAUCCGUAUUUAUAUAUUAGAAAAUCGAUAGGAGAUAAAAUAGGAUAAUGUGAUGUAAAUUUAUCUCUAUUUAUAGCAUUAAUUUUAAUAAUAAGAAUCAAAAUGCAUGAGCUCAACUGAUAUGGAUUGUAAUAAUAUAAAAUUAAUUCAGAAUGUUAUUCCAAUUUAAUAAGUUAAUUAGGAGUUUGUCUUUAAUAACAUACCUAAUUUGCUAAAGAUUAGUACAAAAGUGUGUUGUAACAUUUCUUAAAAAAAUGA